AUGGCAGACUCAACUACAGAACCCCAAGCGCCAGUGGCUAUAUUCAAGAAGAGAGGCGCAAAAGGCAAAGCAAACAUUCGAAAGCGGCCUGCCACACCACCACCAGCCGACAGCGACGACAGCGACUACUCGUCGUCAGAGGACGAGUCUGGACAGCGCGUCAAGCGGCGCAAAAAGACCGCUACCGUCACAGCAUCUUCCAAAGACCUGACUACAGGGAAGAAGGAUUUCUCGGCUACGAUCUACUCGGCGGACCGUAGCGUACCUAUCACAAGUACGAACGACGCGACAAAGCACAGCGACUGGUACGAAGAAGACAAGAAUGAGCUCUCAGCAAAGAACCUUCUAGGCUCAACAAGAGGCCCUACGAAAGAUUCACAACCAGAUGGAACAUACAAGGGACUCGCGAACCAGACAUCAUUCAUUCAGAAGAAUCCUGAUGCGCCCCAACGAGCGAAAGGUCCCGUCAAGGCCGCCACAAAUAUUCGAACUAUCACUGUGAUGGACUUCAAGCCUGAUAUCUGCAAGGACUACAAAAAGACUGGCCACUGUGGAUUUGGUGACAGUUGUAUCUUCCUCCACGAUCGAACAGACGUCAAACAAGGCUGGCAGCUCGACAAGGAAUGGGAGGAAGUCACAAAGGGCAAGAAGAACCUGGGUGGAACCAUCAUUGGGAGCUCCAACCGUGAUAAGAAAGAGCAAGCUCCCGAGGAUGAGGCAGAGAUAGCAAUGCUGGAGAAGAUUCCGUUCGCAUGCAUCAUCUGCGAGGGGCCAUAUAAGGAGCCGAUCGUGACGAGGUGUGGACACUACUUUUGCGAGCCAUGUGCUCUGAAGCGAUACAGAAAGGACCCGACAUGUGCAUCAUGUGGAGCUGGUACAAAUGGAGUAUUCAACUCAGCCAAGAAGUUGAAGAAAUUACUAGAGAAGAAGAAGGAACGUGAAGAGAAAAAGAAGAAGGCAGAGGAGGAAGCGGCCGACGAGGAAUGA